GUCCCCGAAAAGCCCAGCAGCAGAGGGCUCGUUGUUUUCCUCUUCGCUGCUUCCCUCUCCUUCCCUCCCUCCUCCCUCUCUCUCUGUUACCCAAUGGCGGGGAGCCAUGAGCCCCCACAUCAGCUGAUCAUGUCGAGCUCGCGUCUGGAAGAAGCCAAUCAGCGAGCUGGGGGACUGGCACUGGGCAGCAGUUAAAGGAGGGAGCAGGGAGCUUGCUCCUGUAGAGCUGAGCAUGGGCGACCACCAGUGAAACUGACCAGCCAGUCCUCGGCUCAGCACUGACCUGCCUUUGCAUCCUCUUUCGCCUCGGCUCCCUUUUCAGCAGUAGCUAAGGAUUUCAGAAACAGCUUCUGCAGCCAUGGCCACCUCUGCAAGCUCCCACUUGAGCAAAGCUAUAAAGCAAAUGUACAUGAAGCUGCCUCAGGGCGACAAGGUGCAAGCUAUGUAUAUAUGGAUUGAUGGGACUGGCGAGUUUCUGCGUUGUAAAACCCGGACCUUGGAACGUGAGCCCAAGAACCUUGAAGAUCUACCUGAGUGGAAUUUUGAUGGCUCCAGUACCUUCCAGUCCGAGGGCUCCAACAGUGACAUGUACCUUGUGCCAUCUGCCAUGUUCCGGGACCCUUUCCGCAAAGAUCCCAACAAGCUGGUCCUCUGUGAGGUCUUGAAGUACAACCGCAAGCCAGCUGAAACAAAUAUAAGACACACCUGUAAAAGGAUCAUGGAUAUGGUGUCUAAUCAGAACCCCUGGUUUGGGAUGGAGCAAGAAUAUACCCUUCUGGGAACAGAUGGGCAUCCAUUUGGUUGGCCUUCCAAUGGCUUUCCUGGACCGCAAGGGCCAUACUAUUGUGGAGUUGGAGCAGACAAAGCCUAUGGGCGCGAUAUUGUGGAAGCCCAUUACCGAGCUUGCCUAUAUGCCGGCGUGACUAUUGGAGGCACAAAUGCAGAGGUUAUGCCGGCACAGUGGGAGUUCCAGGUGGGUCCUUGUGAAGGGAUUGAGAUGGGCGACCACCUGUGGAUUGCUCGAUUCAUCCUUCAUAGAGUAUGUGAGGACUUCGGUGUGAUUGUGUCUUUUGAUCCCAAGCCCAUCCCCGGGAACUGGAAUGGAGCAGGAUGCCACACUAACUUCAGUACUAAGACCAUGCGAGAGGAUGGAGGCCUCAAGCACAUUGAAGAAGCCAUUGAGAAGCUCGGUAAGCGCCACCAGUACCACAUCCGGGCUUAUGACCCCAAAGGAGGGCUGGAUAAUGCUAGGCGCCUGACUGGUUUCCAUGAGACAUCAAACAUCCACGAGUUCUCUGCUGGAGUAGCUAACCGUGCUGCCAGCAUCCGCAUCCCAAGGAGUGUGGGCCAAGAGAAGAAGGGCUACUUUGAAGAUCGAAGACCCUCUGCCAAUUGUGACCCUUACGCUGUGACCGAAGCACUAGUCCGUACUUGUCUCCUCAGUGAAACUGGGGAUGAGCCCUUUGAGUACAAGAACUAAGAGGACUUUGUUCACUACAGGCACCCAAUCCCUUUUCCCUUCUGUAUUUUCUAGAUGUUAAAUCUGAAGGCAUGAAAUACUAUGCCUGUUUCCCCCCCUUCCCCCAAAACUGACCCUCUGGUUCUUCUUGGUGGAGGGGAAAAGUCUUAGUCUCUUUCAGUGUUUGUUCUGUCAGUUUGAGAGGCAAAGAAAAGGAGGAGUAGGCAUUAGAGGAAACAAACCCGAGUUAACCACUAUUUUGUCUAAUUCAUCUGUAUGUCUUGACAGGGUUUCAGGCGCUUCCCAGAACAGAGACAGCACAAUGGGGUGGAAGGAUAAAAAAAAGUUUGUUUAGGGCCUACUUGUCAUCUCCCUUCCCCAAAUUUGCCCUUUGUGAGCCCUGCUCAAAUUGACAGGUGUUGGGCAGGGGAGGAAGCACUUUGUGCAUCAUUUGUUCACUUUAGCGGUGCUUAAAAAUGAGUUCAGCAUCCCACCACAGAAAAUAGGAAGACUGCUUAACCCAUGGUGGUACUAUGUGUAGCCUGGACCCCCAAGCAAGCUUUCUCUUGGGUAGAAGGGCAUCCUUCUGGCCUCUAGUUAUGAGAUACAGGGGCAUUAUUGCAUGUGAACCUUUUGCCAGGGGUAGAACUGUUUGGGCAUUCUUGCAACCUAUGGUCAGUUUUUUCCCCCACCCCAAGAUGAAAAUUUGUUAUAGGUCUUAUUCAAAAGCUGUCAGGACACUUUUGAUCUGUUUUGGAAGCUGUCUGAUUUUCUGUUUCUAACACAGACUGAAAUAGUAUUUUUAUAUUUAAAUGUCUAAAAAGAAAAAAAGUGUUUGCUUUUUUGUUAAAGGUCCACUAAAUCAGCUGUUUGUAGAAGGGCUGAGUUUGCUGCAGGUGUCUGUUGGUUAAGACUCGCGUACGGAAUGGGGGAAGGAGAGAAGAUUGUUGAGAAGAGAGCUAAAGCUGCAGGCUUUCAUCUUCAAGAGCAGCUCUCAUGGCUUGUUAUAGACAAGGGGCUAUCCGUUUACAAGCUUGUAAGUUAAAAUAGGUAUUAAUUUUUUAAUUUAAACUGAAGCCACGGGCUGUUUAGGUGGGGCUGCCUGCGGCAACAAGAUGCAUCUGUGCUUCAAAUGAAGAGUUGGCUGGUCAACUUUAACCAUGUUAUUGACAAGUAUUUGGCAGGGGAUGGGGUGGGGGUGGGGUGAAGGAGUGCGUUAAAAUUUCCAGUAGGAUUUGCAUGUUGCCUAAAGCAGGGCUUUUGAUGAUGAUGAAGAGGUGGGAAAUGGGUUUUUAGAGAUUUUAAAUAACACAUUUUUAGGGGUUUCUAAAGUUGUACAGUUUUACAGACGCCACUGCUGUUCUGUAGGUACGUCCUGGUACUCAACAAUGCCUGCCACUUCUGCCAGGACUCCACUAAUAAAUAUAGCUGCCCUCAAGAGGUAAUGCUAGCGAGUUCAAAUGUUCCGGGAUUUUGUACUUUUGGUAUCUUGGAUGGUGCCAAUCAUGUUCCACUGCAUUUGGACUUGAAAAUAGGUUUUUGUAAUAAAAAAAAUCAAACCCA